AUGGGUUUGACCUCAGAUUCUGUGAGCUACACAAUCCAUACAAGCAUUCUGUUCGCUUCUACCUCAGUGCUCUAUGUAGUUCCUCCUGGUUGGUAUGUUCCAGUCUCCUUCUCAGUUAGAUUUAUAAUAACAUUUCCUUUCUUUCUUCUUUUAGCCAUACUUCCCAUUGCCUCCAGCUGUUGCACUGAGGUUUCACGUCAUAUUUCCAGAGGGCUGCUGGAAAGAGUGAAUUCCUGUCGCAUCCAGAGAGCUGAUGGGGACUGUGACUUGGCUGCUGUCAUCCUUCAUGUGAAGCGCAGAAGAAUCUGUGUCAGCCCACACAAUCAUGCUAUUAAAAAAUGGAUGAAAGCACAAACAACCAAGAAAAAUGGAAAAGGCAACCUUUGCCACAAGAAGAAACCCCACGACAAAAGGAACAAUAACAGGGCACAUCAGGGGAGACAUAGAGUAUAUGGCCAUAAAACUCCUUAUUAGAGAGUUUAUAAAUGCAUCUACAAAGACAAUUCCUCCAGUGAACUUGGCCAUGGUUUGUUAUAAAUUUAUCACCUGAAUUUUCCUUAUUGGCAGACAACAGGGCAAGACAAAAUAUUGGUUUUAAAAAUGAAUAAUUGCACAGUAUGAAGAUGUAGCCCAUAAUAUAUACUUAACUGAAAAAUGAAAUGGAAAGAUGAUACUUAUCUUCAUAUAGUAUUUUAAGAGGAGCAUGUAGAUAUAAUUUCCCUAACUUUUUUAUUAUGAAGUUUUCCAAACUUAUAGAGAAAUUAAAAGAAUGGUACAAUGAACACCUGUAUAUCUUUCCUCUAAAAUAAUCAUUGUUAAUAUUUUGCUGCAAAUAGAUUUCAGUUUCUUGAGC